AUGGCUGCUGCAGUCUCAAAAAUCCUAUGGUUAACAGGACUGCGCAAAGAAUUGGGUGCAGAGGUUGAAUCACCAGUGGAACUGCACUGUGAUAUCAAAGCAGCAAUCCAAAUUGCUGCAAAUCCCAUAUUCCAUGAACGAACAAAAUAUAUAGAGAUAGAUUUGCAUUUCAUCAGGGAGAGAAUUCAACAAGGGAUUGUCAAAACAAAGUAUGUGAUGUCAAAGGACCAAGAAGAAGACUUGCUUACAAAGGCCCCGGGAAGAUCACAACGUGAACAUCUAAUGGGCAAGCUAGGAGUGCUCAACCUAUUUGCACCACCUAGCUUGAGGGGGAGUAUUGAGGAAAUGAAUAAGCACAUGACUGGCACGUGA